AUGAACCUCAAGAUCUUUGUCAUCGUACUUCUGCUCUUUAUAACAUCGGAAUCUCGUCGAAAACAAGGUCGGGGAGACGAUGGCAACAAGAACAAGCUUGGGAUGGGAUCAAUUCAAUCGAAGUGGAACGACGAUGAAGAGGAGCUAAUAAACAAUAAUAUCGGCUAUACGCCUCUGACUCAAGCUCCCUUAACAACAACCACUACUUCGGUUACCACAACUACUACUACUUACCCAAAUUAGUGAGCCAUAAUUUCGAUUACAACUUUAUGUUUUAGCAACGGCAUCCGACCGGAGUAUCAAGAAGUUCCUCCUGCAGAAACAACUCCGAUUCCAGUGGUUAUCCCUCCAACAACCCCGGAGCCAGAGGAUCCGGAGACAACCGAAGUCCCGAGGGAUGAUAAAGCUACAGCUCCGAGUAAGUGAUCGCCGGUAUACCUUUGUAACGAACUAUGAAGUAUAGCUCUUGAGGCGUCGAACAAGACCAUUUUGUGGAUCGAUGCAACGUACAAAGCGGAGGAUAAAGGGAUGAAUUUAUCGACGCUAGCGGAAUGCAAACCAUGGAUUGAGUAUUGGAAUGAAAAUUUGAAUUUGACGGUAGGAGGCCUUCAAAAGACAGCCUAAAAUAUUUUUACAAAGCAAUUGCAAUUUCUCUUUGGUUUAGUCAACAAAUUCUACUGUCGAGUUGUCCAAUGAAACACUGAAAUCGACAACUGAAUCUGAGGACUCCUCGGAGGAAUCCGAGAAGGUCGAAAAGAUGGAAUUUGAAGUCAUUGACUCUAGCUCUCGACUAGAAGAAGUUGGCCUCGAUCCUGAGCUUCUAGACGAAUACGAAGCCAUUGGAGUUGUCUACAAAGAAGUUUGCGGCAACCACUCCCGGCAGCUUUGGUAUAGUGACCCUACAAUGGCGAGGAAGAUUGGAAUUGACGAGAAAAGCACAAUUUGCGACCCUUUUAAGGUAAGUUUCUUUCACAGCUCCUUGAAUAUUGACCGUUUUAGGAAGAGCUACAUCCAAAUGCUGAGACACUGACAAACUUGGCGAUACAGUUGAACGAGGUCAUUAAAAACUUUACAAAGAAUAUUACUGUGACAGAAAAAAGCAACGAGAAUGUGACGACGUUGAGGCCAGAAAAUCUAGAAUACACUACAAAAACAUACGACGAAAACAUGAUGGGAAUGUUCAAGGAUUCGGUAGGUUAUUUGGAAAGGAGUACUUUAAAAAUGCCAUUUUACUUAUUGAAUUUUCAGCCUCAAUACGAAAUCCAACAAAGAGUUGUAAUUCGUCGGCACCGACGCGCCGGUGACACCGUAGUAAUUGAGCAGGCAGAAGAAGGAACCACUGCGGAACCAAAGCCAAACGAGGAGAGUCCGGAUCAGGACUGGCUUGAGGACAUUGCGGUCGAAGAGAGGGAGCUGUUGACAGUCGCAAAACAAAAAUUAGGCGACAACGUUUCGAUCGAAGAAGCGUGGAUUCAAAUCGACGCAACGGAUGAGACAAAGUAGGAGGCAAAUUAUAUAUAUUUGAUUGGUAAAAUACGUAGGAAUAAGUUCUUUGUUUUGAUAUUUCAAAUCACCUAACUUGUUUACUUUCAGCCCUCUGAUGUACAUUUUGUCAACUGAUGCGGCCAACGCCUUGAAGCUGAAGAUUGAUCCUCAUAGCUUCAACCGAUAUGAAAAAGUGGUCCUGCAUUUGCCUGGGAUCUGCGCAGAUUAUGUUCCGACAGCCGUGGAUUCGUUCAAUGCCAGUGAUUUUGAAGGUAAUUUGAUGUUUAUCCUUCAGUCAUGAGGGCUCUACUCUUUGGCGAUUGAUAUGGGCUUCACGGAUCGAAACCUUAUGCUUCUGCCCAGUCACCAACAUUUUUACUAUAAAAUACGUUGAUUUUCAGGUAUUGAGAUCGAAGGUCCGAUUGGAGUAAACAUAACGGCCCUAGAGCUUGCCGGAGUCAACUUGACCGAACUCGCGGAAAAGCUGAGAAACGAUACGGAAGUGGAUGAAGUUUUGACCAGGACCAAUGCUACAAGGUUGUUCAUAAAAGUUCACAAGAUAUUUUUAUUGUGUUUAGAACCCUCGGAGGUAGCUAUAUCAUCCCGGUCCUACAGAAAAAUCAAUAUGAUGCUUUCUCGGCCCCAAUCGUUUUCCAAGGAUCGGCGGUGGUUGUGAGAUUCGGAAUCUACAUCGAGUCAAUGAGCAAUUUCCAAACCUCAACGAUGGUAAAGGAGUUUAUACCUUACUCUUCAUAAUAUAUCAUGCUAUUUGUGCAAAGUAAUUUCAGGACUACGACAUGGAUAUAUACUUAAUAAUGUCUUGGCGAGAUGCACGGCUCGUCAACCCAUAUGGAAAACCAAUAUUAGUUAAAGAAGAAGAUAUUUUGGAGAAAAUCUGGAGGCCCGAUCCAUUCUUUGCGAAUGCCAAAGAGGCCGAAUUCCAUGAAGUCACAUUCUUGAACUUUUUGAUGAGAAUCUUCAGCGAUGGCAUCGUUUUGUACGAAACAAGGUAGGUUAACACACAGGAAAAAAAUUUGAAUAAAAAGAGUUUGCCUGGGUACGCGACUGUUGAAUCAAAAACGAAUGCUUUCCAUUACAGUGGACCUGAUCCAGUGGUAAAAAGCGUAUCAUUUUGCAUUCGGGAAGUAUCAAAAAUGUGGCAAAAUGCUUCCUUCUUCAAGCGAAAAAGCUUUGUUUUGAAGGGCGCGCCCUUUUUUCCUCACAAAAAGAGCGGGCGCGCUUUUGAAAUCUGAGUUUUUUCCACCUGUAGAGGGAGGUAUUUGGCCACUUUUUUUGAUGCUGCCUGGAAGCAAAAUGGUACGUCUUUUGCCAUUGGAUCAGCUGCCCCACUGUAGGCAUUUUUUUAGAAUAAAGCUGAAGCCAGCCUGCAACUUGGUCCUAUGCAAAUAUCCGCAUGACAAGCAAACAUGUGAGCUCCUCAUCAAAUCUUGUAAGUUCUACAACCAUUUUGGACCAUUUAUAUUGCACUUCUAGUUGCCUAUCCCGUUGAAACCGUUCGAUUUGAAUGGUUUACCAAUAAAAUUGACGCCAUUGACAAAAAUCCUGAUGUAAAAUUGCCGGAACUUUACAUUGACAGAUACGAACCGACUGUUUGCAAUAAGUCUCGGAAAUCUGGAGAAUUCUCCUGCCUUAGGGCGUUGUUUCGUCUCAAGCGUGACGUCGGUUUUCACGUGGCUCAAACCUAUAUUCCAACGUCGUUGGCGUUGAUGUUCUCUUGGGUCGGAGUCUGGCUUCCCGAGGAGUUUAUGGAGGGCCGUAUUGGUGUGGCCAUUACCGUGCUUUUGACUCUGUCCACAGAGUCCGCAGGAGCGAGAGAGCACUUGCCCAGUGUGUCGUACAUGAAGGCCAUUGAUCUGUGGUUUGGCUACAUUACUGGCUUUGUCUUCUUUACCCUGUUGCAGACAUUGUUUGUCAUCGGCUUUGACAAAAGAGCUAAUCAGUUGGUAAGGAAUGACGUCUGCAAAAGGCAAAAUACUAUUUUUUACUAACAAGGGAAGUACCACAAAUGCGACGCUCCGAUUUUCUUUCGAUUUUGUACACGUAUCGGGCAUGAACUAAAUAUCAAUUCCUGAAAGUUUUAGCCCGCGCUUUGCAAGCGCCGCCGAGAUAUUCAACAACUUUUGCAGCCGAGAGAGCAUGCUGAACGUGGAGAGCGGUCAGAGAGAAAAACAAUUUUUGACCAUAGCUUCGCUGGUUUUGUGCGGAAAAAAAAUAUUUUUCAUGGGAACAUUACCCUCAAUGAGAGAAAUAGGCAUGAAAUUUUUCGGACUGAAAUUCGGCAAAAAAAUUCAAAUUUUCGCCAACUUUCGAUCUAAAAAUCUCGGUUGUUUCUGCAAAGCGCGAGCUGGGAUUCUCGCACAUAUUUUGGAAAAAAAAUAUUCUAAAUUUAUGCCAAGUUUCAUCAAAAUCUGAGCGUCGCACGUCAAACUGAGAUAGACUCAAACAGUACGGUGAAUAGGUUGGCAAUCCGCGAAAAAAGACCCAAAAAACUUUUUGUCGGGGAAGAAAUGGGGAUUCUUUGGGGCGAGAGAGUACGUUUUUGCGCGCCUUUUUCGCUGACUUCUCUGUGAAAUCAAGACGAAGUGUAAAAAACCGAUAGCGAAGAGUCUAUUCUGGUCACCGGACUCCUCAGUUUGACGUGCGUCGUACUUGAAGUACUUCCCCUGUAAAUUUGAAUUUGACCUGCUUUCUAUUCCAAAAUUUUAGAGAAAAUCGGCGAACAAAAAGCGAACCGACCUUACCCAAGAGUACAAAGAUGCCUUGGUCCACAAGGCCGAAAGAUACCAUAAGACUGGAAGGUAAGAACAAAGUCAUAAUCCGACCGGUUCAAACUUGAUUCCAGAUAUCUGGACAACUUCUGUCGGAUAUUCUACCCUCUCACCUUCCUCUUAUUCCUUAUCAUGUACUAUUUUGUGUUUACGGAAGGCCGACAGGACGAUUGUAUUUCGCAAAGAUAG